AAAUUUCCCUGGAAGAUCCUAUGUUUUUAUCCUAAGACAAACAAGAUGUUAUCAGUGACUUACAGAACAGAACAUGCUAUAUGUCCCUACUUUGUCAUUAAUAUUAUCUGCCUGCUGAUCUCUGCUUAUUUGGCUGCCUAAAUGGAUGAGGGUUUUAAUGUAACUUAUAUAAUUCUUGGUGGACACAUGGAAGUGGAAAAAUACAGAUAUCUUUAUUUUGUGAUCAUUCUUACCAUAUAUUUUCUCAUAAUAAGCUGUAACUCCACUAUAGUGUGUCUGAUUUGGACUCACCGGAACCUCCAUGAGCCUAUGUACAUCUUAAUCGGGGCUUUGUUAAUCAACUCUGUUCUUUGGAGUACUGUUAUCUACCCUAAACUUUUGAUUGAUUUUCUGUCUGAAGAGCAGACCAUAUCAUACUCAGCUUGUGUUUUACAGUUUCAUAUGUUUUACUCUUUGGGUGGGUCAGAGUUCUUGCUUUUGGCAGCUAUGGCUUAUGACCGGUAUGUUUCUAUAUGUAAACCUCUACAAUAUCCAACUAUAAUGAGUAAAUCUACUAUCAGUAUUCUUCUGAUUUUAGCUUGGACUCUACCUGCCUCUCAGCUUGCAAUACCAGCUGGACUGAUUGCUAAUACACAACUCUGCAGUUUUACCAUAAGGAACAUAUUUUGUAAUAAUACACUUUACAAACUGCAGUGUAUCAUCACCACAGCACAAACUAUACGUGAUAUGGUGAUUUUGGUAAAUGUUGCACUUAUGCCUGUGUUUUUUAUACUAUUCACUUACAUACGUAUCCUUAGAAUAUCCUACCGAAGUAGCAGAGAGGUGAGAAAAAAAGCAGCACAGACAUGCUUACCUCACUUAAUUGUGUUGACCAACUUUUCCUGUUUGUGUGUAUUUGAUGUUAUUACAGUUCGGCUGGAUUCAGAUUUUCCAAAGACUUUAAGGCUAAUAAUGACUUUACAGUUAAUAAUGUAUCAUCCCCUCUUAAAUCCAAUCAUGUAUGGGCUCAAAAUGAAGGAAAUCUCUAAACAUCUCAAACGAUUGUUCACUCGGGGCAAACAAUGCUGAUAUACAAACACUGCAUUCAUUCUAGACUUAGACAGAUUUAUUUGUCAUUUUGUUUACACAAGUGUAAAACAAAA